AUGGCUAGGGUUGUCACCCUCGAGCCGCCCGAGAGGGGCGAUGUGAGGGAAGGGAGGGAGGGCCUGAACCCCUCUGCACUGAAUGGUGGUCUUCCCUUGGGGGAUCUUCUCCUAGGAGGUCUUGGUCUCCAAUGGAGUAGGGGAAUCUGCUGCCCGUUGCGCCAUCGGAAGAACGUGAAGGCACUCCGGGAGGGUCUUAGCCCUCCCCACCAACGAACAAGACCGCCGCUUGAGCUCUCGCAGGACUGUAUGAGGAGGGAGACGAGGACUCCAACAACCCCCACAUUGCCCUCAACAUUCACUUGCACUUUGGGAAACGCCAGUAGAUUUGUUAUCCUCUAUCCUGCUAUGUCCUAUAUGGCCUAUGCCAUAGGAGGUGAGGAGCUACGAGGCUCAACCCUGUGCUGUCCGCAGACAUAUGGGGGAGCUUUUUUAGCACUUGCCCCUGGAGACACUCUAAGUGAAAUGAUAGCUUGUGUGGGUUAUUUCAUAAAGCUGUUCCGGUGGGCGGAGGGCACCCCUCACGGUUUCCCCCGCUCCGCCUCCGCAUUCGCCGCCGUCCUUGUCCCGCUCGCUGAGGCCAGGCGCAACCGCUCCGCUUAUCCCGUCUCCCUCCGCGCUAUCCAGGCUGGCCUUCUCCUUCCCCUCAUCUCUCUCCUCCUCACGUAUCCCCUGUCCCCCUCCUCCCACCACCUCCUCAACUUCCUCUUACGCAUGUCCACCAAGUUUGUGCCCGAAUGCCAAGCUCAGGACCCUGCGCCCACCAGCUGUUCGACACAAUGCCUUUCCGCCUUCCAAGAGAUGGCGCGUCAAGGUGUCGCCCCUUACGUCAAGGUGUGCAACUGCGUGCUCUCUGUGCUGUGCGACGCGGCCAGGUGGGACGACAUGCGUGCUGUGUAUUCAGAUAUGCUUCAGCUUGGGGUUGAGCCAUCCAUUGUCACAUACAAUACAUUGCUGGAUUCUUUUUGUAAGGCAGGGAGGAUCGAUCAGGCUGUCAUGCUGCUCAAGGAUAUGGAGGCCCAAGUUGCUGGCUGCUUGCCGAAUGAUGUCACCUAUAAUGUGGUGAUCAGUGGGCUGGCCAGGAAUGGUGAGCUGGACAAGGCGGCUCAACUGGUUGACAGAAUGCGGUUGUCCAAACAAGCGUCAGCCUUCACAUAUAAUCCACUUAUCAGUGGGUUGUUAGCAAGGGGUUUUGUUGAAAAGGCUGAUGCUUUGCAGCAGGAGAUGCAGAAUGAUGGCAUUGUGCCAACGGUGGUGACAUACAAUACAUUGAUUCAUGGGUUAUUUAAAAGAGGGAACGUGGAGGCGGCAGAGUUGAAAUUUCUGGAAAUGAGGGCAAUGGGGUUGCAGCCAGAUUUGAUUACUUACAAUUCCUUGAUAAAUGGACAUUGUAAGGCAUGUAAUUUGAAGCAGGCACUUUGGUUGCUUGGUGAUUUGAGACGUGCAGGGCUAGCACCGACAGUUAUGACAUAUAACAUCCUUAUAGAUGGCUAUUGUAGAUUAGGUAAUUUAGGGGGGGCUAUGAGAUUCAAGGAGGAGAUGAGAGCAGAGUGCUGCCUGCCCGAUGUUUGUACAUAUACUAUUCUUAUGAAUGGGUCAUGUAAGGUCAAGAACAUUGCUAUGGUAAGGGUGUUCUUUGAUGAAAUGCUGAGUAAGGGUUUAAAGCCAGACUGCUUUGCUUACAACACAAGGAUUUCAGCAGAGCUGACUCUAGGUGCUAUUUCCGAUGCUUUUCAGUUGAGGGAGGAGAUGAUGCCGAGUGGAAUUUCUUCCGAUACAGUUACAUAUAAUAUUCUUAUUGAUGGACUGUGCAAGGCUGGUAGCCUGAAAGAUGCCUAUGUGUUGUGGAUGAAGAUGGUCAGUGAUGGGUUACAACUUGACUGUGUCACAUACACUUGCUUGAUUCAUGCACAUUGUAAGUGGGGGCUUCUAAGGAAAGCAAAUAAUAUUUUUCGUGGCAUGGUUGCAAGUGGUUUGUCACCCUCGGCUGUGACCUAUACCAUUUUUAUUCACACAUACUGUAGGGUGGGAGAUCUUGAUUCAGCAUAUGGCUGGUUCCGGAAGAUGCUGGAAGAAGGAGUGGAACCUAAUGAAGUAACAUAUAAUGUGCUCAUGAAUGCACUAUGCCGGAUAGGGAGAACUGAAUUGGCUUAUCAAUAUUUUCAUGAGAUGCUGGAGAGAGGAUUGGUGCCAAACAAAUACACAUACACUUUGUUGAUAGACGGGAACUGUAAAGAAGGUAACUGGGUGGAGGCUGUAAGGCUGUACUGUGAAAUGCAUCAGAAAGGUAUUCAUCCAGACCAUUGUACACAUAAUGCCUUGUUUAAGGGAUUUGGUGAAGAUCACAUGCACGACACAAUUCAGUACUUGGAGAAUGUUGUUUUGGGUGCAUAG